AUGACGUCACCGCGACGCCAUGAGUUGGAUCCAGAGAAUCCGAUGAAGAAUUUACGAAAGCUGUGCACGAUUGGUCAAGGCGCAUUCGGAGUAUGUUCGAUCUACCACAAGCCACGAGAUGAGUAUGGUCCACCCAAGAAGUACAUUGUUAAGAGGGUCAUCAUUCCAACCGAACUUAAUACAACAAGACGGGUUGUCGGUAAGUGGUUUGGUUGAAAAAUAAUGUAAAAUUUUGAAAAUUUUAAUUUUUUUAAAAAUUUUUUGAAAAGUAGAGUUUUUUUUUUAUCAUACGCUUUGGAUAAAGUAGGUUAAGGUGCUGUAUAGUAUAAUAGAGCAGGGAAAUUAGGGUUGCAUAGGGUGUUCUAAAGUGAGUUAGGGAAGAGAAAUGUAGAUUAGGCUAAGAUGUGGUAAGGUAGAAUAGAGUAGAGCAAGCUAAAGGUAGGGUUUUAAGUAGGGUAGGACAAGGUAAGGUAGAUAAAGGUUGGUUAAGGUGUGGUAAAGUAGGGUAGGUUAAGGUUAGGUAAGGUGUGGUAAAGUAAGACGUGAUAAAAUAAGAUGUGGUACAGUAAGGUAGGAUAGGGUAGGUAAAAAUAGGGUAGAGUAAGGUUUAGUAAAGAACGGUAGGGCAGGGUAAAAUUUCGUAGAGGAUUUAAAAAAUGAAAAAUUUACAGUCACGUUUGUUGUUUAAAAUUUUAAUGUAAAAGGUUGAACUCGAUAGUAAUAUUACACUGCAAAUACCAGGAAAUUGAAAAUCUUCCGAGAUGUUUUCUAUUAUUGUAUACAACUGAUAUUGUAAUAGUUUAACUGCUUUGCUUUGAUGUUUGGAAUAGGGUAAAGAAGUGAAUGUUUAAUGAAUUUUUUUAUUUUAUUGUAUUGUAAAUUGUUUUGUCCUAAAGUUGAACCCACAAUGUCAUGGGUCAUUUCAUGAAUAUAAAUCAAGUUUUAUGAGCUUGAGCUAGUGUACUGUCUACUACAAUAAAUUAACGACAAGUGAUCGUUUUUUAUCAAUUACUCGUUCCAAACACAAUAAAUCAUGUUCGCAAGCAAGUAGAAUAUAAUUGUUAUGACAAAAGCGAUAUUGUCACAACAAAAAUGGAGUUGACGUCAGUCUUGUUGUCAUUGUUGUAAUAGUACAACUAUGAAGUUUUGAGUUGUUAUCAAAGUUUUGAAAAUUUAUUGUAUAAUAUUUUUUUAUUAAUGUACUUUAAAAUAGGCAGUCUCAAUGCAAAAAAAAUCAGAAAAAAAUUAGUUUUUAGUAUUUUAGGUAACAAUUUUAUAAAUUUUUUAUUUUAGCCCAAAAAUUCUAUAAUAAUUCUUACUUUUUCUUAAAAUUUAUAUACAAGUUACAAUUGACUCUAAUGUUAAGACAAGAACUGGAUAGACAAGGUUUUUGUUUUUUUCUUAGCAUUUCAAUACAAUUUAUACGUAGGAGGAUAGCGCAUAAAAUUUUAGGAAGAUUGGUUUUGGCUUCCAGUUUCUCCAUAAAGUUUGAAGCGAGUUAUGGCUUCCGCCGAUGAGUUAAAGCAUCCGCCGACUCUCCGCCAACGCGGAUAACAUAAAUUUUCCUCUCAAAAAUGCAUUUCUAACUACAAAACAGCCAAAAAUUUGGAAAUUUUUGAUGAAAAAAGUGAUUUUCAACUGAAAAAACGUGUAAUUUGGGUACAAACGAGUUUUUUCAAAAAUUCAUAACGACCUUCAUAUGCACUUUAAAAUCCCAAAAUUUUUCGAAAAAAUUAUACAUUGGCUAUACUUCUACAGUACCAAGUAUGGUAUUUCAGCCAUCACUCAAAAAUGCGUUAAAAAUUUUUAAAAUCCUGCAAAUUUCUUGGGACACCCUUUAUAUAAAAAGUUUGAAGUCAAUCAGAGCGGGGCAGGGGCACUUUCGUAGUCAAAAAAUCGAAAAAAGUUUAAUUUUGAAAAAAAAUUAAAAAUUUUACAAAAAAAAAUUCUUCAGAUGAGGCCAAGUUCUUACAAACUCUGAACCACCCCAACAUAGUCGAAUGCUACGGGUCAAAAAUAGACAAAUCCGAAUUGUAUAUCGUAAUGCACUAUGCUGAAGGUGGUACUCUGGACAGACUUAUCCACGACCAACAAGGUGUCUACCUUCCCGAAAAGACCAUCAUGUACUACUUUGCACAAGUGGCACGAGCCAUUCGGUACAUUCAUAGUCGUAAAAUUGUGCACCGAGACCUGAAAACCCAAAACAUAUUGUUGAACAGGAGGAGGAGUAGGGUUAUGUUGGCCGACUUCGGCAUUAGCAGAGAGCUGAACGCUUCUUUGGCUCAUUCUUUUGUUGGUACGCCGGGUUAUGUGUCGCCGGAGCUUUGCAAUGGUAUGUUUUAUAAUAAAAGUGGUAUAUGGGAAAGGGUGGGGCAGCGUAAGGUACGGUAGGAUAAGGUAAAGUAGGGUAGGGUAGAUUAGGAUUCAAAAUAAAGUAAUUUAGGUAUUUUAAGGAAGAGUUAUAGAAAUAAUAGAGUCAUUUUGCAGACUGCGAGAGCCAUCUUAUACGAUGAAACGUAUCCCGGCUGAACAAGUUUAGGGUAGAGUACGAUAGAGCAAGGCACGGUACUAUAAAGCGUAGCAGAGCCGUGCAGCAUAAUAUAGAGCAGGGCAGGGUACGACAAAGAAGAUCAGAGCAGGGUACGGUAAAGCAGGGUAGUGUAUGAUAGCGCAGAGCAGGACAAGGUGGGGCAGGGUAGGGUAAGGCAGGGUAGGAUAGGGUACGGUAGUGUACGGUAAGUCUACGCCAACUUUCUAUUACAAUAUCAAUUUUUCUAGGCAUGCCCUACGACUGCAAGUCGGAUAUGUGGGCAUUGGGUUGUAUCCUGUACGAAAUGGUCGAGUUGACAAGCCCAUUCAGUGGAGAUAUUCCGAUUAUUUACAAACGAAUUGCCAACGACCCCUUCCGACCAUACAAGAAUGGCAAUAGCACGGAACAAAUGAAGGAUCUCAUCGAACGUUUACUGAACAAGAAUCCUCAUGAACGACCGAGUGCUGAACGUGAGUACUAUUCAUAAUGUUUUUUGUGUCUUUGGUACCAUUUUUGGAGUUUUAAGGUGUUUUUAAGUUUCUAGGGCGAUUUUUUAGGCUUAUGUUUAAAAUUGCAACUUUGGUACCGUUUUUGAAAAUUUAGUACUAUUUUUGGUAGUUUAGUACUAUAUUAGAGAUUUUAGUACUAUUUUCGGGACUUUAGUACUGCUUUCAAUAGUUUGGUACUAUCAUAGGAGUUUUAGUACUAUUUUUGGUAGUUUAGUACUGGUAGAACAGCUUAGUACUAUUUCUGGUAAUUUAGUACUAUUUUUGGGAUUUUAGUACUUUUUUCAUAGUUUAGUACGAAUAUAGGCAAUUUAGUGCUAUUUUUAGAAUUGUAGUACUGUUUUAAUAGUUUGGUACUAUUUUGGGCAAUUCAGAACUAUUUUUAAAUUUAUAGUACCAUUUUUUAACUUAUAGUACUAUUUUUGAAAUCACUGUAACAUUUCGAGAAUUUAGUACUAAUGUUGACUCUUUUUAGGUGUAAUAACCUUCCCAUGGGUAUUGGAACAUUGCGUGCUGGAAUCGACCGAACUGUGUCGCGCAGUAACAACCACCGCCCUGGACAUAAAACCGUGUGACAUGACACCCACGCCCAUCGUUAAGGAUGGCUUCCAGAGUCUACAAACGAUCCAAAUGACAGAGAAAGGACCAUCGUUCUACCUGAACAAGUCUUCGUCAGGGCACAACACGUCGAACACGUUGAAAAUCUCACAGCAUCAUUAUUAG